AUGGAAUACGAUGAACAAGUUUCCGCGCGGCUCGACAUGAGCCUCGAUGAAAUCAUUGGUCAAGAACAACAGGACGGUUCAAGUCAAUUUAAAAAGCGCAGAGCGAGGGGAGCACCUCAGGGGCUUACCUCUCCGCCUCCACCCGCAGCGAACUCCUCGCCCUCCCGUCCACUCCCAACUGUACAAACCGAUUUCACGAAACGCGCUGCCCCCCUGGCCCCCCCUCAUGUUGGAGGGCAGACCAGCUUUCCCAGUAGACCUGCCCCGCCCACACGUUCACUGCCUCCCCCAGCGAGGGCCCCUUCUGGGAGACUGCCAGGGGCCCCAUUCUUCGGUGUAGGCCCCCGCCAGCCUUUCCCUGUUCCUGUGGGGCCCCCCAGGAUGGAUGCAAGAUGGCCUAGACCAAGGCACCUAGGCGGAAGUUACUUGGUCCCACCCAGUGGCGUGCAGCCUCCGCCGCCUCCUAUCGGGGCGGGCCCCCCUGGCCCUCCACGUUCCUUUCCCUUGCCGCCUAGACCUACUGCUUCAGGCGAAUAUGACUACCCUCCGCGUCGUCCAAUGUUCGGGCCAUAUGCUAGUACGCGCGCUGCAGGCCCUCCACGGCCAUUGUGGAAGCGCUCUCGGCUUCCAGAUGCGGUGCAAGAUAUUAACGGCAACCACUCGCCAGCAUGUAAUCCGAUGGGCUACGCCCUUGGCCCUCCGGCUUUUGCGCCGAGCUCGGGCCCAAGUCCGCAUCUGGUGGAUGAAACAAAAGGGGCUGCGUCGAAUCAAAUGAGCUACGGAUAUGGUCCUAUGUAUCCUCCUUCCGCCGCAUAUUAUGAAUCUCCGUACUCGGGAGACGCGGCAGGGGACAGAAGCCGUGCCUAUCCAAUGGCGCACGAAAAGAUCGUCGCCCCCCCUGGUCACUGCAGCCAUUCGAAUAAUCAAGAAGGCGUGUGGAAAGGGCAGAGUCCACCUGAUCAAUGCGCUACAGCACCAGCGUUCCGUGGUGUGCCAGUUCGAGGUGCUGCGGCCACAGCAGCGGGCAGUGCUGCUGCUGGCGACGCUAGCCUUGCAGAGCGAAUGGAAUUCACAGUAAUCGUUUCAAAUGUUCCGAAGGAUCUGCCAGCUGUGGAAAUCCAGGAAGCAUUCAGCUGUAUGGGGAUAGUGCUCCGGACUGACAUAAUGCUGAACAGCAAGGGAGAGCAUACUGGUCGGGUAUGCAUUGCAUAUGCAUCUGCGGAUGCUGCGAAGGCGGCAGUGGCUCAAUUUGACAAAGGCGAUCUUAACGGAAAUACGAUUCGGGUCUUCGCAGAAUGA